AUGGAAGCAGAUGUUUUGAUUGGUUUAAAAGAGAAUCCUAGCUCUUACCCCACCCCCGCCGCCCGCCCCCGCCCCGUCUGGGUUCUCAGGGUCCGGGGCCCUGGGGACUCCGGAUGCAGGCGGGGGCGGGGACGCGGUCAGCCGGGGCCAUGCGAGCUGAGGGCUGAAGCCGACUUGCCCCGGGUGGCCCGGCAGCCCCUGGGCGACGCGUUUAGGGGCCGGUUCCGGCCGCGCAUCCUCCGCGGGGUCGGUGAGGCCAGGUGUGGGCAGCUCGGCUGCCCCGCGCAGGAAUGUUUUAAAGGAAGUUGGGCUACGCACAAGUUACUACAUAAGAAAGCAAAAGAUGAAAAGGCAAAGCGGGAAGUGUCUUCCUGGACUGUAGAAGGUGAUAUAAACACUGACCCCUGGGCAGGUUAUCGAUAUACUGGUAAACUCAGACCACAUUAUCCACUGAUGCCAACAAGGCCAGUGCCAAGUUAUAUUCAAAGACCGGAUUAUGCUGAUCAUCCCUUAGGAAUGUCUGAAUCUGAACAGGCUCUUAAAGGUACUUCUCAAAUUAAAUUACUCUCAUCUGAAGACAUAGAAGGGAUACGACUUGUAUGUAGGCUUGCUAGAGAAGUGCUGGAUAUUGCUGCUGGGAUGAUUAAACCAGGUGUAACUACUGAAGAAAUAGAUCAUGCUGUACACUUAGCAUGCAUUGCAAGAAAUUGCUAUCCUUCUCCCCUGAAUUACUAUAAUUUCCCAAAGUCUUGUUGUACUUCAGUGAAUGAAGUCAUUUGCCAUGGAAUUCCAGACAGACGACCUUUGCAAGAAGGUGAUAUUGUUAAUGUGGACAUCACUCUUUAUCGCAAUGGUUAUCAUGGGGACCUGAAUGAGACCUUUUUUGUUGGAGAUGUGGAUGAGGGAGCACGGAAAUUAGUUCAGACCACAUACGAGUGUCUUAUGCAAGCCAUUGAUGCAGUGAAACCUGGUGUUCGAUACAGAGAAUUGGGAAAUAUUAUUCAGAAGCAUGCUCAAGCAAAUGGAUUUUCAGUUGUUCGAAGCUACUGUGGGCAUGGAAUACACAAGCUUUUUCAUACAGCUCCCAAUGUACCCCACUAUGCCAAAAACAAAGCAGUUGGAGUGAUGAAAUCAGGCCAUGUGUUUACAAUUGAGCCAAUGAUUUGUGAAGGUGGAUGGCAGGAUGAAACCUGGCCAGAUGGUUGGACUGCAGUGACAAGAGACGCGAAACGGUCUGCUCAGUUUGAGCACAUGCUGCUGGUAAUGGACACUGGCUGUGAAAUCCUAACCCGGCGACUUGAUAGUGCGCGGCCUCACUUCAUGUCCCAAUUUUAAUUUCUCCUAAGAUGGCACAUCUCAGUAAUGCCUUCUUACUGUACUAUGCAUUUUAUUGAGAGUACAGAAAGGAUGAGGCAAUUUUUUAUCACUUGUUUUGUUUUGACUAUAGAUAAGGAAGGACACAGCAUUUGAUAUGUAUCUUCAAGAGCUUGUCUUGGGUCUGAAAAAGCUGAGAAGAAUAAAGGAAACCUUGUUCAACUCCUUUCAGUACCCCCUCCCCAUCCCAGCCCCCUUCCCAUUCUCUGCAUACCCGUUUUCUUAUUUGCCCCUUGAGCACUUUUUCUUAGACCUGCUUCUAUAGUUGCUUUAAUCACUGCCACAAACUGGCUAUCAGGAGCCAGCUGCUUUCCAGGCGAAUGUUGAAGAUGAGAAUCCUUGAAACUUUAGCAACACAUGUUGCUCCAGAUUUUUUAAAUUAUAUAUAUAUAUAUGGAAAUAUAUAUGCAUACAUUUUAAAUUCCAUGUAUGUAAUUACCGAACACUAUGUGACCUUGGUUUGGGUUGAUUCUGCUCUGACAGGGUUUUUUGCUGUCAUAAGUGGAUCUAUAGUUUGUAGAGAUUUAAUUCCUAGUUGGGAAUUGGCCUCCUCCCUUCCUAAUGCUAAUUAUUUAUCCUGGUAAUUGUGUGUAGGGAAGCACUCACUCAGUGAGACUUUCUCUCCAAUGUGGACUCUGUGUCAGUGAAUGAAUGUGGUAAAAUUCACUUUGGAAGAAGGUUAUCAGGCUUUUUAAAGUCUAGUUUAUGACAAAAAUAGCUAUGCUCCAUGUGGUGGCUGGCUGUUGCGGGGCACAGGAAUUUGUAAUACACUAUUUUCAGACCUUUAUUUGGUCAGAAAUGGGAGGUAGAAAACCUCCUUUUUUCCCUCUCUUUUAUUUCAAGGGCAUACCUUGAAGAUACUCAGAGAAGGGUGGAGGUUGCACUGUAGAGGGUGAUGGGUAAAGAGUUCUGAGAUGUCUCUAGCUGUGAGCACAGUAAGUCAGGUGGGCUGUGAGAGUAAUCCUGACAGUGAAGAGAAAGGAACUUCUUUGAGUACUGUAACCUGCAGUAGGGAUGCAGCUGUCCUUGGUUUGCUGGGAAUUAAAAAA